AUGAUCGCGCACUCUUCUGCCAGCUUCCAUGUUAACCAUCUCAUAAGUCAUUCGGCUCAAUCUAAAAAGACUAUUGAAGGUGGAUGGAGUUUCAAGUCUCCAGGAACUAAGGUAACCCGAAAUUUGACUCCCCAAUGGAGACAUGGAAUGAGCACAACCAGCUCUGAGAAUGUUCUCCAGAUGAAUUUGGCCUACGGAUGGAUCUGCUAUCAAGAACCACUGAAUGCUCUUACACAGUUUAAGCAUAAACCAUCUGCCUUUUUACAGCUAAGUUUAAGUGAAACUGCAAAUACUGAUUUGCCAAACCCAAAAGACUUCCAGCAGUUGCUUGAUGAAGGAACCAGCAACUCGGACAUUUAA